AUGGCCGACAUGCUGUCCAUGUAUGUCAACCUCGAACAUAAGACAUGGGACGCAAUCUUGCCUUACACCACUUUCGCCUACAAUACGGCUGUACAAAAGGCAGCUCAGGUAACUCCAUUUCAAGUGGUCUAUGGCCACACAGUCACAACCACACUGGAUGCUAUGUUACCAGUAUAUGAUGACAACAAUAACCCGUACGACGUCGACGACUUCCUACAACGAGCUGAAGAAGCCCGGCAGUUGGCACGGUUCCGUAUACGCCAGCAACAACUUAGGGAGGCAAGCUACUACAACCUGCGCCGCGGAGAAGUUCAGUACCACUCAGGCGAUAAAGUGCGUCGUCGCGGACUGCGUGAAAAUCCCCUUCGCCGAUACUUUGGACCUUACUAA